AUGAGUUCGUGGCUACGUAACAAAGCUCAGAAGAUUGAGGGCUUCCUGGACUCUCAUACGAAGUCGUCCGCCAACGGAGCCGCACCAGCGGUGAAACCAGCGCAAAACGGCGAUAUAAGAAUAUCGACCCCUCAAAACCAGACACUCUUGCAGACAUUCGAGUGGCACACGCCUGGCGGACACUGGACACGACUCACACGCACAGUGCCACUUCUUUCAGACCUCGGCAUCACUUCACUUUGGCUUCCACCAGGCUGCAAGGCCAAUGAACCACACGGCAAUGGCUACGACUGCUACGACCUUUGGGAUCUUGGCGAGUUCGAUCAAAAGUACACACGCGCAACCAAAUGGGGAAGCAGAGAAGAGCUGGAUGGGUUGAUUGCAAAGGCCAAGAGCAUGGGAGUUCUGAUCAUUUGGGACGCUGUGUUGAACCACAAGACGGCCGGAGACGCCAAAGAGGAAUGCUGGGCUGUCGAAGUCGACAACAAAGACCACAGAGUCGAGACGUCGGCCCUCAAGAAGAUUGAACCCUGGAUUCACUACUACUUUCCUGGCCGUGGAGACCACUACAGCAGCAUGAAGUGGCACUCGCAACACUUCAGUGGCACCGACUGGGAUCAACGUACCCAGAAGAAUGCCGUCUACAAGAUCCUCGAUCCUCCCGAAACAGCUCCCCGUCCAGGAUCAGCUGUCGACCCCAAAUGGCGCAAGAAGGACUGGGCCAUCGAUGUCGAUGACGGCGGCAUGGGCAACGGAGAUUAUUUGAUGUUCUCUGACAUCGACUACACAAAUCCCGAAGUCAAGGAAGAUGUGCAAAGAUGGGGACAGUGGAUGGUGAGCGACGUCGGUGUGGACGGCUUCAGACUGGACGCUGUGCCUCAUUUCAGCUGGAACUUCACCCGUGAUUGGAUCCACAACGCAAAGAAAGCAGCUGAACGCCAGAACCGUGAUCUCUUCGUCAUGGGAGAGUUCUACAGUGGCACUGUGUCCAAGAUCCUGCAGUGGAUGGACAGAGUGGACAACGGAGUUUACGCUUACGACAUCCCACUCUUGACCAACUUCGCAAAGAUUUCCAUGGCAAAGAGCAAGCUUGAUGUCGACUUGAGAAAGGUCUUUAAGGGUACCUUGAUCCAUCACCGACCCAACAACGCUGUUACUCUUAUAACCAGUCACGAUACCCAGCCAGGACAGACUGUCGAGACUCCAGUCGCACCUUACUUCAAGCCUCUGGCCUACGCCAUCAUGCUUCUGCGCCGCGAAGGUCUGCCUUGUGUCUUCUGGGGCGAUGUGUACGGCAUCAAGGGUCCUCACCCAUCACCAGCCGCCUGUGGAGGUAAAUUGCCUACCCUGAUACUCAGUCGUAAACUCUUUGCAUAUGGUGAGCAGACCGACUAUCUCGAGAGUAGAACUUCGAUUGGUUGGGUUCGUCACGGUACUUGGGACAGAGCUGAUGGCUGUGUUGUCAUCAUGAGCAUUGGAGGUGCUGCUAAGAACAGCAUGUUCGUUGGUCCCGCCAAAGCUGGCCAGAUUUGGACUGACGUGCUGGGCAACUCCGAACAUGUUGUCACCAUCGACGAGAAGGGUUAUGGCGUCUUCAAGUGCGUUGACAAGAGCGUCAGCGUCUAUGUUCACAAGGACGCCAACGGCAGAAAGGAAUUUGGAACCUGCCACCCUGGACACUUCGUCAUGGAGUGA